UAUAACUAUUACUCUAGUAUUAAAAGACUUGUUCAUAAAAAAUAAUUAUAAACAAUAACUAUUGUGGUUCUUAUCUACGCAUAAUUCUAAAGUCACGACGAGAUCAAAUGACGAUAGCAGAGGAAAAAGUUUCACUUAUUGAAGAUUUCGUAAGCGACUCUGUCGACCACCGUGGACUUCCCGCCGGCAAGUCUACCACUGGCGGAUGGAGAUCCGCUUGGUACAUUAUAGGAGUUGAAGUUGGAGAAAGAUUUGCUUACUUUGGGAUUUCCUCCAACUUGAUUACCUACCUAACUGGACCUCUCGGACAAUCCACGGCGAUAGCCGCCGUGAACGUGAACACAUGGUCAGGAACCGCCUCGAUGUUUACUGUUUUAGGAGCUUUCACCGCAGACGCUUAUCUCGGUCGUUACCGUACCAUUGUUGUCGCUUCCUUCAUCUAUAUACUCGGACUAGGACUAUUAACCUUAUCGGCUGUCUUAAUCCUAAUGGGAUUAUCAGAGAAACGUAGCGAUGUUUCUACUAAACCAUCUUUUUGGGUGAAUAUACUUUUCUUUUGUUCUCUGUAUUUGGUGGCGAUGGGACAAGGCGGACACAAGCCAUGUGUUCAAGCUUUUGGUGCGGACCAGUUUGAUGUGGAAGAUCGAAAAGAGAGAAUAAGUAGAGGAUCGUUUUUCAAUUGGUGGUUUUUGAGUUUAUCCGCGGGAAUAACUUUGUCCAUUAUUGUGGUGGUUUACGUUCAAGACAAUGUUAACUGGGCGCUUGGGUUUGGGAUCCUUUAUUUGUUCAUGGUUAUGGCCCUUGUUCUCUUCUUGCUCGGGAGAAAAACUUACAGGUACCCGAGAGGAGACUGCAUGGAGAAGAAGAACGCUUUUGUGAGAAUCGGUAGAGUUUUCGUGGUGGCAUUCAAGAAUAGGCGACUGAAAUUAACACAUUCAGGUCUAUUGGAAGGUGGUUCAUCCGAGACAUGUGAAGGACGACUUGAGUUCCUAGCAAAAGCGUUGCUACCGGGAGAAAAAGGUGACGAGCCAUGUGAUACUAGGGACGUGGAAGAUGCGAUGACUUUGGUAAGGCUUAUUCCGAUAUGGAUCACAUCGGUGGUGAGCAUGAUUCCUUACGCUCAGUAUGCUACUUUCUUCACAAAGCAAGCUGUUACCGUGGACAGAACAAUCUUGCCGGGUUUGGAAAUCCCUCCUGCUUCUUUUCAGGCGCUUAUUGGUUUAUCGAUUUUAAUCUCAGUUCCGACUUAUGAGGGUGUUUUCCUACCGUUAGCUAGACGGAUCACCAAAAAGCCUUUUGGGAUCACAAUGCUACAGAGAAUAGGGGCUGGAAUGGUGCUCUCUAGUUUAAAUAUGGUGUUAGCAGCGUUGGUAGAAACGAAACGGCUUGAGAUAGCUAAAGAACAUGGGCUUCUGGAUAGUCCCGGCGCAACCAUCCCAAUGUCGCUAUGGUGGUUCGUUCCUCAGUACUUACUACUCGGGAUGAUCGAUGUAUUCUCACUAGUGGGUACUCAAGAAUUCUUCUAUGACCAAGUCCCAACAGAGCUAAGGAGUAUUGGUCUCGCGCUUUCUUUGAGUGCGAUGGGUCUUGCUAGCUUCUUGAGUGGUUUUCUCAUCACUGUGAUUAAUUGGGCUACAGGAAAAGAUGGUGGUGAGAGCUGGUUCAACACUAACCUGAACCGAGCCCAUGUCGAUUACUUUUAUUGGUUGCUCGCCACUUUCACGGCCAUUGGACUCUUUGCGUUUAUGUUCUUCUCCAGGCUGUAUCCGUAUCGCAGACUUCGCAGGAUAGAUCAAGUCUAAGAAUAUAAAAUUCAAGAUGUAUUACUUUCAUUAGGGCAUCUCCAUUGGGGAUUUAGGGAGGACUCUUAUGAUAAAUAAGAUCAAAAAUAAAUCAAAAUUGAAUAAAAAAAUAAGAGACCAACUCUUAUUUAGUACAACUCUUAUUUUAUAAACAGUACAUUAUAUAUUGAGCAUGUUCGUUAA